AUGGAAGAGGAUGGAGGAAAAGUAAGGGCGUUGAUAGACAAGGCCACCAAUUCCACUGCGGCGCACGUCGACCCUCGCCUCCUCAAAGCCAUCAAAACGGCUGUCCGAUACUCUGACUCGGAGCUCCGGAUCGCCGCUCAAACCCUAAUGGAUCUCAUGAAACGCGACCACUCUCAGGUUAGGUAUUUGACGCUUCUAAUAAUCGAUGAGCUAUUUAUGCGAUCAAAGCUAUUUAGAACUCUAGUUGUUGAGAAUUUAGAUCAAUUGUUAAGUUUGAGCGUGGGAUUUAGAAGAAACCACCCGCUUCCUGCUCCACCGGCUGUUGCAUCUGUUUUGCGUUCAAAAGCGAUUGAAUUCUUGGAGAAAUGGAAUUCUUCGUUUGGAAAUCAUUACAGACAGAUUAGGUUAGGUUUUGAUUACCUUAAAAACGCGCUCCGGUUACAGUUUCCGAAUGCUCAGGCGAAUGCAGCACGAGUUCAGCAGGAGAGGAGGGAAAGGGAGAUGAGGACGAAAGAGAUUUUAGUUAAGAAGUUUGAGGCUUUGAAGGAGAACUUAUCCUUGUUGAAGGAGGAAAUUCGGGAAACGGUUGAUGAGAUUGGGGAGUGUUUAGAGAUUGUUAAGAAUAAAGAGGAGAAUGUGUUGCUUGGUGUUUUAGAUGAUGAUGAUGAGGAUUUUGAAGAGUUUCGUCCUUUGGAGUUGCGUCAGCUCCGGCUUGAUUCAUUGAAAGAGGGGGAGAAGGUUUGUGAGAAUAGUGAGAAUAAAGUGGUUUUUGAUGCAUUGAGGGAGUUGUACAAGCUUUUGGUGUCAAAGCAUUUGAUUUCGGUCCAAGAAGGAAUCUCUGUUCUAAUCAGAGUUGAAGUGGCAGAUACGAGAUUAAGAGAUUCUAUGCUCAAGGAGUUCAUUGAUAUCCGAAAUCACCUUCAAUCGGUGAAGAAGAAAUGUGUUGAUUCAGGUUGUGCUCUUCCAGACAUUACAAAGCACGACAAAGAAGAGGAAGAAGAUUUUUGGGAGGAGGGUAAGGUUGAAUCGACUGAACCUGGGAGUUUUAGUGAACCCAAUAAGCGAUACGAGAUUUCUGCUGUGUCAUCAACUUCUGGAGAGGUGAAAAAUGACCCUUUUAAAUGCAGCACUGAGAAGUCGAAACGUGGUGAGUCUCUGGGUUCUGAAGGUGGUGGAACUGAUUCCAGCUCGCUUCGAAGCAAGCUGAUGGAUAAAGCUCCAGUGAUAGAGUGGGGCUCUUUUUUGGACUCUUGGGGGUCAAACAGGGAUGUUCUAGCCAACAACAGGGGCUUGGAGCUUGAAAGUCACUGGGGUAGGGUGGACCCUGAUGCAGUUAUUCCGGCAAAGAAAAUUGCUGAAUUAAACCUUCAUGCAACUCUUUACAAAGAAGACCAAGUUGAAAUCCCACCAUGUCGUGCUCCAUUACGUAAGGGUGGACUCUGUCAGAGAAGAGAUUUGAGAGUUUGCCCCUUUCAUGGACCCAUCAUUCCUCGCAACGAUGAAGGAAAUCCUAUCAAUCAGAGCAAUUCAACAAGUGAUAUAAAUCUAGGGACUGAUUUAGUCGAGCAAUUAGCCAAACAAGCUGUGAAGAAUGUUCGGGACAGAGAUAAUGAGGAAGCAAGGAAAAGAAAAAUGGACAAACAGUCACAGAAACGUGCUAAGCUUGCCAAGAUACGGGAACACAAUGAAGCUGUUCUACGGGAUGCUGCAGUGGCCUCAACUUCGGGAUCUUCGGUCAUUGGGGAUGAUGUCGAGGCAUCCAGCAGAGACAAGUUGUUGGCUAGAAACAAAAAGAAACUCUCGCAUCCAUGUUGCGGAAGAAAGUAA